UCGUCGUCUCCGUGACAAGAUGCGAAAACUGAGUGAACAUAACUCUGGGAUAUUCCUGAAUAACAGGACGUCCCAUAUGAUCCGAGUAAAAGAAGGUACACAUGCUCAUAUAACCUACAGAGCAAUAGCUGCAAAAUACAUGGCUGAAGACUGUCGCCUGGCCCUUAUAGGGGAUCCUAUAACAUGGGCCGAAGAACGUAUUUCCUUUGGAAUACUUAAAGGAUCAACGCUUAAAGCGGAUUUGGACAAAGUUAUGUACAAGCUAAAGGAGAGCGGUUUGCUUGAAGAAUGGUGGAAGCAAUGGAAUGCCAGGGACACAGCCAGCUCUUCCUGUGAAGAUGACAGCAGCAGUGUCAGGACCAUCACACUGAGGGAGGUGGGAGGAGGCUUCCUUGUUGUGUGUGGAGGACUAGCGCUGUCAAGUCUGGUGUUGAUUGUUGAAAUGUGUAGACAGCGAUUACAAAGAAAAUCAAACUAACACUAUUCAUAAUAUGCGUAUAUAACGAAAUUUCCGUCAAUGUUACUAUCACGGCCGAGAAAACAGAGAAUUAACUUCAUCGUCCCUUUACGGAUAAUUGAACCUGGGACUUCGGCUCAGCUGAUGAAACUUCAA